UUCAUUCAUUGAUAGAAUAUCAAAGCCCAUAAUCUCAUUUUAGCCGAUGUCUGUAUUUUUUAUCUGAAACUUGACCUGUAGAGCCAAUAUCAGGGCUAGUUCUGUUGCAAUGUGCUUUCUUGUGUUACAUUAACUGAGUUCCUGUGGACUGAUGACAAAUCACUUUUAGUUCCCGCCAGUUAUCGUAAAAUUAACAAUGGCCAGCAUUAAUCAGUGUCAAUUCAGGAUUUAACAAAUUGUAAACUUCCGAACAAUCCAAUCACCCGCACGCGGGUCAAGUUUAGGCCACAUUUAUUCGGUAUCAGUGGUGCAGUGAUUUGUAAACCGUUGAAGUUACAAUGUGCGACGAGUGGGAUGAUAAUGACGCGGCUGGAAAGUCUUUUGGACAACCGAAUUAUGAUGACGAUAACCAGGACAGCGGCUACUCCGAAAAUCGUCGAGGCGGUGGCGGCUUUCGAGGUCGUGGCGGACGUGGCGGUCGCGGCGGACGAGGUGGACGUGGAGGAAGUCGCGACUAUGGCGGAGGUGAAAACGGCUUUGGCGCCGGUGGAGACGGAUAUGGUAACGAUGAUGGCACCAAUGGUCAUGAAAACGGUUUUGGCGGUGGAGAACGCGGCGGAUUCCGUGGACGGGGUCGCGGUGGUCGUGGAGGCCGCGGUGGUGGCGGCCGAGGAGGUCGCGAUUUUGGCGGGGGUGACAAUAAUGACGGAGAAAAUGGGUUUGGCCGUGGUGGCGGUGGGGGAUUCCGAUCCCGCAACCGGGAUGACGAAGAAAACAAUGAGAAUGGUGGAGACGAUCAGGUGAAAACUGAGAAACCUCGGGAGCUGUAUAUUCCUCCUGCUCCUACUGAGGAUGAGAACGAAAUGUUUGGUUCGGGUAUCAGUUCCGGCAUUAAUUUCGACAAAUUCGACGAAAUCAAAGUAAACGUAACAGGUGAAAAUCCGCCGAGUCCGAUCAAGUCGUUCAGUGAAUCGGGGCUGCGAGAUUACCUGUUGCAAAAUGUGCGUAAAUCUCACUACACUAAACCCACACCGAUCCAAAAAUACGCCAUCCCAAUCAUCAUGGAUAAGCGAGAUUUGAUGGCAUGUGCUCAGACUGGCUCUGGAAAAACGGCUGCCUUCUUGCUACCCAUGAUCAAUACGCUACUGAAUGAUAAUGAUGAUAUGGUACCCGGGAAUCCAUUCGUAGUCAUCAUUGCUCCUACUCGAGAAUUGGCUUUGCAGAUCUUCAACGAAGCCCGUAAGUUUGCGCUUGGAACAAUCCUGAAAGUAUGCGUUGCCUACGGAGGAACUGCUACCCGACAUCAAAUGGACAACAUCCAAAACGGUUGCCACAUUCUUGUCGCAACGCCCGGUCGACUGCUAGACUUUGUAGACAAACAAGCAGUAACUUUUGAGCGAGUUAAAUUUAUGGUACUCGACGAAGCAGAUCGCAUGCUCGACAUGGGCUUCAUGCCUUCGGUCGAAAAAAUGAUGAACCACGAAACGAUGCGGCCUAAGGAAGAUCGGCAAACAUUGAUGUUCUCCGCGACGUUCCCAGCUGAAAUUCAAGAGUUGGCUGGACAGUUCCUCAACAAUUACAUUUUCGUCGCAGUGGGAAUUGUUGGAGGCGCUAGUACUGACGUUGAGCAAACCAUCUAUCAGGUUUCAAAGUUCCAGAAACGUAAGAAGCUGGAGGAACUAUUGGAGUCCGACGAUCCAACCGGAACAUUGGUAUUUGUAGAAACGAAGCGCAAUGCCGAUUACCUGGCGUCGCUUCUUUCGGAAACAAAGUUUCCUACUACCUCCAUACAUGGUGAUCGCCUACAACGUGAGCGAGAAGAAGCUUUACGAGAUUUCAAGUCCGGAAAAAUGUUCAUACUGAUUGCUACAUCAGUAGCCGCACGAGGACUGGACAUUAAAAAUGUAGCUCACGUUAUCAACUAUGAUCUACCCAAGAGUAUCGACGACUAUGUUCACCGAAUUGGACGAACCGGUCGUGUAGGCAACAAAGGCAAGGCUUCAAGCUUCUACGACAUGGAAGCGGAUGCUGCUAUCGCACCAGAUUUGGUCAAGAUUCUGACGCAAGCCGGACAACAAGUGCCCGACUUCUUGGAGGGUCUUUCUACUGGAGGUUCAUUCGGUGGAGCCAGCCAGUUUGGUGGACGAGAUAUCCGCUCCCGGGAUACAGGCGGAUCGCGAAUCGAUGCACAGCCUAAACAAAUGGAACCGGAAGAAGAAUGGGAUUAGGGUUAGACAAUUCUAUCUCUUAGACCUGUGGCAUAAGAAAUAAUUUGAACUUUUGUUUACAUUUUUUAAGUUUUUAAGUACAUUCUUAUGAAGAGUGUAAUGACAUCCCGAUCAAGAAAUAUAUAUUUGAUAAAAAUUGUUAUGAACAAUUUCAGUACUUCUGACGAAUAAAAUGUUACAUGUUCUAGAGCACUCAAAA